UCAGGAAAAAGGUCGAAACAAAGCCCUAUUUCUCAAGUUCCGUCGACGAGCGGAGCUCCAGCAAGCGGCAGUUCCGUCCGUAUGAUGUUGUAGCCACUUCAAUCUCUCUCGAUCCUUCUACUUCAGAUCAUAUACUUGGCAACAUGGAAGGGAACAAGCAGCCCUUCUUAUAUAAGAAACGUCCUAGUUCGCCACAAUUGAGGAAUACGGGAGGCAAUAAAAAAGGAAAAUGGAGUUCUGGUGAAGAUAGGUCAUUUGAGAACUCUUCUACCUCAGAUACUGUUUAUCGAAUUGUUUGCCCUUCUAAUAGAAUUGGUAGUGUCAUUGGGAAAGGUGGCAACAUAGUUAAAGUUCUUAGAGAGGAAACUCAGGCGAAGAUUUCAGUCGCAGAAUCUGUUCGUGGCUCUGAUGAGAGGGUGAUAACCAUCCAUAGUCCUUCUGCAAAAUUAUUUAGAAAGCAUGAUACUAAAGAGGUUUCAGCUUCCGGUAAGGAAGAUGAUAAAAUGGAGCCACAUUGUGCAGCUCAAGAUGCUCUGUUGAAAGUUCAUGAUAGAAUUGUUUUGGAAGAUAUUAUAAAAGCAUCAAAUGAUGAAGACGACAUUGAGAAUAUGGUAACUGCGCGUCUCCUUGUUCCUAACAAUAUGGUAGGUUGUGUACUUGGAAAGAAAGGUGAUGUUAUUCAGAGAUUACGAAGUGAAACGGGUGCAAGUAUUCGAGUUCUCCGCCCAGAUAGUCUUCCCACCUGUGCUAUGAGCACCGAUCAAAUGGUUCAGGUAUCCGGAAAACAGGCUGUCGCUAGAAAAGCUUUGUAUGAAAUUUCAACGUUGUUACAUCAGAAUCCACGGAAGGACGAAUCUCCUUUGGACUUCCCCAUGUCUUAUGGUAGCCAAGGUAUUAAUUUUACCGGUCCUCCUGCGUCAAAUAUGAUUCCUCAACGAAAUCAAUUGUGGUCAAGGCGGGACUCUAAUUCCAAUGAUACCAUGCCAUUGUCAUGGAGGGGAGAAUUUGGAGAUCGAUCUGCAAGAUUUGGGAAUUAUGAUGACAUUCCUCCUAUCCAUGGUGGUGGGGAACCUCCAACUGAGUUUUUUAUGAAAAUCUUGUGCCCAGCUAGAAAAAUUGGUGGUAUUAUUGGCAAAGGUGGCAUCAAUGUAAGGCAGCUUCAACACGAAACAGGGGCUACUAUUCUCGUAGAUGAUGCAUUAGCAGAUUCAGAAGAGCGUGUGAUCCGAGUGUCUGCGAUUGAGGAUAUGUGGAACCCUAGAUCACAAACUAUUGAUGCUAUCCUUGAGCUUCAGAUUAAAGCUAGUGAGAUCUCAGAGAAAGGAACUGUUUCAACAAGGCUUCUUGUUCAGUCAAGUAAGGUAGGUUGCAUUCUCGGACAAGGAGGCAAUGUAAUUAAUGAAAUGAGGAGGAGAACGCGUGCAGAUAUUCGUGUUUUCUCCAAAGAAGAUAAGCCCAAGUGUGCAGACAAUGAUGAAGAACUUGUGCAGAUAUCUGGAAGCUCUCUUAUUGUAAAAGAUUUGCUAGUUGAGAUUGCAUCAAGGCUUAGAGAGAGAUUUCUGCGAGAUCCUAACAGUGGACCUAAACCUCCUCCAGUUAGGCCUCCUAGGGAUUUCAGCCCUCGUGGGAACCACCCUCGUUACCCCACUAGACGUGGUGGCGGUUCUAGUGGAUAUGAAUACCUAGAGGGUGAUAGACGUGAAUAUGAGCAUCCUACUUAUCCAGUUCCUCCAAGUGCUACCAGGUAUUCUAAUGUCAUGAGCCCUAGGGAUAUGGAGAUGCCAUACUCUUCCAUGGGCUCUGGUGGAAGAUCUAGAGGGCGCGAGGAUAAGGUUGGAAAAACGAGGUUAGAGCUCCCAGAAUAUGAUUAUGGAUCUGGCGGAUCUAACAUUCGUGAUAGGCAUGCCGCGCCAGAGCACUCCGACUACAAUUUAAUGCCAUCCUACUACGGAAAACAGAAGAACAACCCACCACCAUCUCGAAGCCCUUACCAGAAUAUGAAUCUUCCUUCCGAAUACAAUCCUUAUCCCAAUCACAAUUCUGCCCCUACCACCACCCAUUAUCCUAAUUAUAAUACUUCUUCCUUGACCUCCUCAUCCUAUUCAAAUAUGAAUUCUCAGCAAUCCAUAUAUGAGAACUACAAUCCUUCCUCCUCUUACGAAAAUAUGAAUGCUCAGCAGCAAUCCUCCCUUUAUGAGAACUAUGGCAGCAGGGGAAACAGUUCUUAUCAGUAUGAACAUUAAAGAUCAUUAAUGCAGUCUGUCUCUGUACAACAAAAUUUGUACUCUCUUUAUCUAAUUAUUGUUGAUUCUUGGAUUUAUUUAGUAAUUUCGAUCAGAUUGGUUAAAGUUUAACAUUUGA